UUCUGUUUUGUUGAACUUCAACAGAUACGCCACGUGGGACGGACAUGGUGGAGGAAUCGGAGCUGGCGGAGAUGUACGGCCCGUCCAAACCUCCCAAACUGGCCGUGUACCCCUUCCCGCCGUACGCCAAGACCAGGCGAGAGCCCACUGUGGUGCUGGACGAGGACGGGUACGUGGUGGCGGGGAACCUCCCUGGAUACGGCGAGCUCCCAGGGCUCGGCCUACACAACAACGCCAAACCUUCGCCAACCUCUCGCGAGCGGCAGCCCAGCAAGCCUGCAAAAGCGUUGGACGGAGGAGCCGUCCCGAAACCAACUUUGGAGUACUACAAAGAGGGAUUAGAGAGAGGCAUCCAGGAGUUUCUCGGCCAAAACAGCGCGUUGAAUGAUAUUUCUCCUGCUGCAGUUUUCCCGCCGACGGUCGUGUCUUUUGGUGACAAGCGGCUCUCGAGUGCCAACGAUGGUGUGAAAAGGGCUGAGUCAAUUUUGUCCUCAAUCUGUGGAGGUAAACAACGAAGUCACAAACAAGACUGUGGGGUGAAACGGCCGUGUCAGAAGCAGGCACAGCUGAAACAGAAAGCAAAGAAACAGCAGCAAAAGGGCCAAGUGUCCACGAUGUCCCGUGAGAAAUCUGUGGCCUUGUUCGGUAAACCGGAAGGCGACGCCAUGUUGGACGCUGGUCAGGGCUUCGUAUUGGUGCUUGAUAAAAGCUUGGACGUGUUGUUUGUGUCUGAGAACGUCUACUUGCAUCUUGGCCAUCACCAGGUGAACUUACUGGGAAGGAGUAUCGAGGAUUUGAUUCACCCUAAAGAUUUGGCAGCUCUGCGCUGGCAUUUGAGAGACGAGCAGUUCAAGAAAGGUGAGGCCGAUAGAGUCCCGAGUUGGAUGCUCAGACGCAUGUUUUAUCUCGGGAUGAACUUCAGUUUCCAAAGACCCGGAUGUCGCUCCAAGGAGUCGGGAUACACAGUGAGUGUGCAAUUUGUCUUUCGUCGAAAGUAAUAUUUAUUCUGUCUUGGAUGGGUCAUAGUCUCCCCAUUUCUCUCUUUUAAUGUUGUUUCUUCUUACAUGUUCAUCCUUUUGCCUCCAUCCCCUGCCACCACACCUUCUUUCUGUGUGCUUUUUCGUCAGUUUGAUAAUGUAAAACCUUCCUUUGAUCUGUUUUCCUUUGCAAUAUUAAUCUUUGCUUUAAUCUCCCUGUCAGUGCAAAUGUUCAAUUAAAUUCCCGUUUUUAUUUUAUCCCUUGGGCCUAUCCUGUUUUAAAAGACCCUGCAAUGCUGUUCGGUUAUUCGAGAGGUGGGACCACUGAUCCAACGUUAAUCUUUCUGAUAUGAUCUGGCCUAAUGGACAGAGGCCCUGGAAACUGCUCGUUCAUGACGACGGCAAGAAUGGCCCUAUUGGGAUUCGAACCAGGGCAGCCCUGUAGCAGUCUAACAUGAUAUAAAAUUGACUAUCGGUAUCGGUGCAGUCUAUUCAGACUUUUCUGUCGGGCGUUUGGAUUAUCGGUGUUCUCGUAAAAAAGCUGAGGUGUGCUCUAUAAAACAACUGUUGUUGUCUCUCUAAAGGUAAUCGUCAUGCCUAGACGUGGGAAGACGAGUCUCUUACCAUUUACACGAUAUUUUACUCGGCUGUAUUUAUUUUGCUGUAUAGUCACACACGUUUUAAAAUGUGUUUUGACGUAUGUUGAAAUGUUUCAAAGACUUUAUGGGGGUAUAGGGUCAGAUUUGUUUUCUUGAGAGCUUAAUUUUAUUGUACCAAUUCAGACAAUCUUCUUCCCUG